AUGCUCUCCGCCGGCGAACGCCCGCAACCCGCUAUGAAAAACAAGGCCGCGGUGGUCGACACCCACCACCACCACACUAUGCCCAUGGACCACACCACCACCAACCCCCUUUGGGGCGACCAGACCCAGACACAGCCCCCCCAGCCACUGCAACAACAACAGACCCAACACAUCUGGGUAGUGACCGGGCCAGCCGGAUGCGGCAAGAGCACCGUGGGCCGCGGUCUGCAGGAGGAACUAGGUGUACCCUUCCUCGAGGGCGAUGAUUUCCACCCAGCCAGCAAUAAAACCAAAAUGAGCAAUGGCGUGCCCCUGACCGACGAGGACAGAUGGGACUGGCUGAUCUCGCUGCGGCAGGCGGCCAUCUCCGCGCUGUCCCCGUCGGAAGCCAACCACUACCAUCCGCCCUCCGGCGUGGUGGUGGCGUGCUCCGCCUUGAAGAAAAAGUACCGGGACGUGAUGCGCGUGGCGGCCUACGGGUCUCCCUCGGUGCAGAUUCAUUUUAUUUAUCUCAAGGUCGAUCCCUCGGCGCUGCUGCAGCGUGUGACUGCGCGCCAGGCGCACUAUAUGAAGAGCGGGAUGGUGAAGUCGCAGCUGAUGGAUUUGGAGGAGCCGGUGGGCGAUGAGUGGGAUGCCGUGACGGUGGAUGUGCAUGCGGGGCAGGCCGAGGUGCUGCAGGAGGUGAUUGGGAGGGUGCGCGAUGUGUUGAAAGCAGCGAUGUAG